AUGAGAGCUGAGAACUUCACUUCAGAAACAGGGUUCAUCCUCUUGGGACUCACAGAUCAUCGAAAACAACAAAUUCUGCUUUUUGUGGUCUUCCUAACAAUCUACUUGCUCACAGUUUGGGGUAACCUGCUAAUCAUCAUACUGGUACACAUUGAUGCCCAACUGCACACACCUAUGUAUUUCUUUCUCAGCCAUCUUGCAGGCAUGGAGAUUGUGUAUGUCACUAGCACUUUGCCUCAGACAUUAGCCGACCUCUGGGCUGGAAAUGGAGUGCUUUCCACAACACGUUGCAUGUUGCAGGGUUUCAGCGGAUUGAGCAUGGGCAGUACCGAAUGUUUGCUAUUGGGAGUCAUGGCUUAUGACCGCUACUUGGCCAUCUGCAACCCCUUGAGAUAUGCCUCUGCCAUGGACAGGAAGCACCAACACCUGCUUGCUGCCUCCUGCUGGAUCAUAGGUUGCUUCUUCUCAAUGAUCAACGUUGUUUGCAUCUUUCGUCAUUCAUUCUGUGGUCCCAAUCACAUUAAUCAUUUUGUCUGUGAGCUUCAUUUUUUGCUAGAUCUUGCAUGUGAUGAUACAAAGCUCACCAAGGCCAUACUGAAUGGUCUAGCAGCAUUUAUUGCUCUAGUUCCCUUUUUAGUUAUCCUAUGUUCCUAUAGUUUCAUCUUGUAUUCAGUUUUUCAAAUGCACUCAGCUGCAGGAUGGCGUAAGGCUUUCACCACCUGUGGCUCCCACCUUGUUGUGGUCACCUUGUUCUAUGGUCCCAUCAUCUCUAUAUAUAUUAUUCCCCAGUUGACCUCAGAUCCUGAUCGGGGCAAACAAAUUGCAGUGUUGUAUAUUGUAGUCACUCCCCUGCUUAACCCCCUCAUUUACACCUUGCGGAACAAGGAAGUCCACAAGGCAUUGGGUAAGGUGUUGAACAGAAGCAGCAUUGAAGAAAAACCAUGA